GAUGACGUCAUUAUAAGUUACCUUGUUAAUUUUAUGAAAAUUGAUUCAAUUAACACCGUUGUAGUAAUAAUUUUGGAUUCAAAAUUCAGUAAUUUUUAAGUUCUUUUGAAAUGUUAAUAAAGCUACCAAUAUGUCUGGCAGCUUCCCACUAAUUGUCACCGAUACGCACGAUUGAUAUCGGCCACGCGCAUACCAAUCGAAUUUCUUUCAUAAAAGCUUAUCAAAUGGAUUUCAUCUGAUUUAGUCAGCAUUUAGUACAAUAGCUAGUCAGUUUAGUGAAAUCGAACAAAGAUGAGUUCAUACAUAGUAAAAAUUUCCAUUCUAAUGUUGCUAGCAGUUCAGGUGUUUGCAACCCAAGAAAACUGUACCGACAGCAGCUUGGAGCAGCACCUCCGCUUGAAACGUUGGCUCACAUUUCAGCCAAACGGUGGAGUGACCAAGCUGCUGGUCGGAUUUGUGGCACCAGUCCGGUGGGGCCACACCCUGAGACGUUUGCUCAACAUGGCCAUAAAUAUACAGGCGAACUACGCCAUCCCGGCGGGGAUUAUUUGGCCCCAUCCGGAAAGUAUCUUCAAGAACCGGCUGAACGAGGGCGCGUACGAGGAUCGCAGCCGGGCCCAGUUGUACCAGCUGAUGGAGCGAAUGUUUCACAAUUUCGGCCGGAAGGGACGCGAGUGUGUGCUGCGGACGAUUUGCGAGUGUUCGUUGAAGCACAAUGGAAUGAUCGGAGAGAUACUGGACGUAGUUUUUACACCUUACGAUUCGGAUGAUAUUGAAGAAGUUUACCAUCAAGCAAAACUUAACGGAGCCUCUGGAUUGGAUUGUGUGGAAACGUACAAGGACUGUCCCCUGGGGCACGGUUUGCUGGAGCAAAUCACGCUCCUUUUUCACAAGUACGAGGUACAAUAAACUUAGACAAACUUUUCAACAGUGAGUUUCUUCCUUCCGAAAUGUCUUUGCUAACCAAUUUCCGUGGGAAAAUCCGUCAACACCCUAUGUCAACAUAAUUUUCCAAAUUGCUUCACAUUUCCCCGUUAACGCUGAACCCACACACCGCAUAAUGUAAUUUCACCAUAAUUUGUGUUCAUAACGUCACAACGUCAUUCGUGCGUUGUGCAUCUUCAAAUUUACCUUGCAUUAAGGUGGGAAACAC